CACCAGCCCCUCUCACCGACGACGCCGUCCCCAACGCACCCGCACACGCGCGCAGUCAUUCGUCCAAGACCGUCUCGCCUCCGCGUCUCCACAUACAAAGCCACACAACCAGUCCACAGCGACCGGUACACUCUGUCGAAGACACUCCCCUUAGCACACGUUCACGGGGGGCUUCCAAUGCCACAUACCGCAUGCCGAAGCCUGAACGGGAGGCGGAGGUGA